AUGAGCGCUCACGCCACACACAGGCUUGGGGGACUCGGCGCAACGAUGGCAAUGGCCCCCAGUAACUCCUCUGCGUCGGGCACCACACUGCCGAACGAGGAAGCUGGCGCCGGUGCUGUCAAGGUGCGACCCGCAUCGGAGCUGGCGGAAGAGGAGGUGCUGCAGUACAUCGUCGACAAUGUAAACAAGGUGCUGACGCGGAAGUAUUCGCUUGUUGAAUUCGACGCGAUCCAAGGGGUGCCUCUCCUGCAGAUCGUCAACGACGUUUUCGGCACACUGUCGCCGGCGCAACAGAUGGAUCUUGAGGAGGUGCCGCUCGAGGAGGCUGUACCGCGGAUGAUUGAGUUCCUCACAAAGACGCUUGGGUACCGCGUGCCACCGCUGCUCGUCGACAGCUUCCCAGGCGGCUUCCUGCAGGCCGAGCCGACUGUCGUGUACCCGACGCUCUACUGGGUGCUUUCGAACAUGCCACAGAACGAGAAGCGCGUGUACCUCGCCCGAUUCCUGCAGCGGCUUGACAUUCCAGAGGCGAUGCGGGCGCAGGACGAGGAUGUGCGCGCGCUCUAUCAGCAGUACGAAAGCCUCCGCUCGAUGUUUGUUGAGACACAUCGCCGCGUCGACGCGCUGCGCACGGCACACGCCGACCCUGCUGAGGCGCGCCGCAAAGUCGCCGCCCUUGAGGAGGAGCGCGACCGUCUGAAGGGAUACAUCCAGGCGGCGGAGAAGAAGCUCAGCGCCGUGCCUGAUAAGGAGGCACUCGUCAACGCGAGUAAGGCCUUGCGUGCCGCGCUCGAAGAUGAGGCAAAACUUGCAGAGAAGCGGGUGGAGCUGCAGCAGUCGCUUAUUUCUGCUCGGCAGCGCUGCACAGAGAUGCAGAACCGGCUCCAGAAUCUUCGCCGCGACGCCGCCGAUGGGCGCGUGGAUGUUAUUGUGCGCCGCUUGCGGGACGAGAUACAAACAAACAAGAUGAUCCUGGAGGAGCACUUGCCGAAGGAGAUCGAACAGAAGCAGCGCGAGAACGAAGAGCUGAGCCAUCUCAUCUCCGAGGCACUGGAUAUGCAGGCGCUGACGACGGAGAAUCAGCAACUCGACGAUGCUUUGAAAAAGUUGCAACAGAAGGUAAAGGAGCGGCAGAAACCUGGUGAAGACGGGAGCACAAUCUCAACUAUCAAACAACAAGUACAACGUGUGGCGAAACGAAAGGAUGAAGUCUUGGAACAACUCACAAGUCUUCAGGCCGACAACAGCCGCACUCUGAAUGAGAUCCGCGACCGUGAGAACCGAAUUGCGCAGCUUCGGGAAGCACACCAGAUGUUGAAGGGUGAUGAGUUCCGCGCCUUCUCCAAUCAGGUGUUAGCGAAGAAGGCAGCGAGUGAGGGGAUGCGAGUUAAGCUAUCGGAGCUGCGCGUUGAGUGGGGUGUUCUGACGUUCACGGAGAAUGCACUCAAGGCGCAGUUCAACGCCCUUGACGCGGAGAUCGGUGACUUGGAGGGGAAGCUUGGGUUGCAGGGUUACAGCCGCACAGUGGAGGCCCUCAGUAAGCUCUCGCGCGAAAAGGACACCAUUGAGGAGCUGAAGGGCAAGACGCUGGAGGAGCUUUCACAUGUCGUGCAAGACUUCACCAUGGCGAUCCGUGAGCGGCGCACGAAGCUGGCACCACUCAUCAACGAACUGCGCAACGUGCGGCAGAGGGCGGCAGAGGUUGACCAGGAGUGGCUUGAGAAGAAGUCACAGUAUGAGUACCAAGAGGGUGUGCUCAUGGAGGAUAUAUCAAAGAUGGAACGAGAGGUGCAGACGCUGCGGGAGGAGACAAACACAAAUGAAUCCAUCUACCACCGGUUGCAGACGCAAUACGUGCUGCUCACGGCGCAGCUGGAACGUCUCGAGGGAGAGCGAGAGUACCUCGAGAUUCUCCGCAGCGGUGCCAACGGCCCGGCGACGGAGGAGCGGGCAACGACAGCGGCCGGCAGUAGAAACUUCAAGUGCACGUACUGUGGCAAGGUGUGCGCCACGAGGGGUUGGCUGGUGCAGCACUUGAACAAGGAGCAUGGCGUCUCUGCUGUGGCAGAGAAGGGCUUCGAGCAAGCAAUAGAGGACCUGCAGGUGCGGUUGCGUGAACUGCAGCAGCGCCAGCGUGACAUUCAGGGGAACUAUGAAGGGAAUGUGCAGCAGGUGGAGUGGUUCAACAACCUCAAGCGGGUACUGGAGGCGAAACUGCAGGCGAUCCACAGCGAAGGGCCGCGCGGCCGCAACGCCCUUGACAGCGACAUUCAGCAGGUGAUGGGAAGCGCGGGUGCGGGCGGCAACGGCGUAGACAUGCUGGUGCUGACGGGGAAUUAG